UUUCGGACAUUCGAUGCUAACUGUGACGGGACUAUAGAUUUUAGGUUAACUAUCUUAUAAUCAAAUAGAUUUGCCUUUUAAAGUGAGAUUUAUUCACGUGUUUAGAGAAUUUUUAUGCGCUCUUUCGGUCACAUCUCGGGGAAAGUUGGAGCAAAAACUGAAGUGGGCUUUCAGUAUGUAUGACUUGGAUGGCAAUGGAUAUAUCAGCCGGCAAGAGAUGCUCGAAAUAGUGACGGCGAUCUAUAAGAUGGUGGGAUCGGUCAUGAAAAUGCCUGACGACGAGUCCACUCCCGAGAAGAGAACCGACAAAAUAUUCCGACAAAUGGAUCAGAACUCUGACGGCAGGCUAUCUCUGGAGGAGUUCAUCGAAGGCGCCAAAAGUGAUCCAUCGAUCGUUCGGUUACUUCAAUGUGAUUCUCAAACGUGAUAUAAAUGUCUUACGAUUUCGUCUUCAACUUUAGAUAUUUAAGCCACACUUACAGACCUGAUAUGAGACAUGAGACAUGACAUCAUUAUUACUGUUUUAACUGAAGCACAGAAUUCUCGCAUUCAAUACAAUAUAGAGUUUCAAAUGAUAUUAAAUGAGACAAAUUUUAUCCAUUUUAUCAUACGGUAAAUCAUAUUCAAUAAGAAUACAAUUUUUAAUUAUUAAAACAAAUUAACAAUAUUUCAGUCGAUUAGUUCAGUCGAAACCUCCUGUGCCUCACAUUUGUAUUAUACACAUAACAAACACAUUCAUUAUGUGAAUGUUUCUCUCAAUCAGAUUCUAU